UGGCGAGAAAAAAUAUGUAUGGACGCUAUACACAGGAGCUGGGCACCUAUGCCAAAGAAGAGGCAGCUCGCCUGCGUGAAGAUGGAGCGCUGCGGAGGACCACCAGUGUGCGCGGCCAGGCCCCAGAACUGAUAGAGUAUGAGAAGAACCCAUGUGCCAAGUGUCUAGUCUGUACUUCACGGUGUAAGAAGUUCCUGAUUUCCCGUGUGGGUGAAGACUGGAUCUUCCUCAUCCUUCUGGGGCUUCUCAUGGCAUUGGUCAGCUGGGCCAUGGACUACACUAUUGCCUUCUGCCAGCAAGCACAGAAGUGGAUGUAUGGUGGCCUGCAUAAUAAUAUGCUUCUCCAGUACCUGGCCUGGGUCACUUACCCUGUGGUUCUCAUCACCUUCUCUGCUGGAUUCACCCAAAUAGUCGCACCACAGGCAGUGGGCUCUGGGAUCCCCGAGAUGAAGACCAUCCUCCGAGGUGUGGUGCUGAAAGAGUACCUCACUUUCAAAACCUUUGUCGCCAAAGUGAUCGGCUUAACUUGCGCCCUUGGAAGUGGCAUGCCUCUGGGCAAAGAGGGGCCAUUUGUUCAUGUUGCCAGUCUGUGUGCUGCCCUGUUGAGCAAAUUCAUGGCUUUGUUUGGAGGAAUCUUCAUGAAUGAACUGAGAAACACAGAGAUGCUGUCAGCCGCCUGUGCAGUGGGGGUGGGCUGUUGCUUUGCCGCCCCAAUUGGAGGAGUGCUGUUUAGUAUUGAGGUCACAUCAACGUUCUUUGCUGUGAGGAACUACUGGAGAGGAUUCUUCGCUGCAACCUUCAGUGCCUUUAUCUUCAGGGUGCUGGCAGUGUGGAAUAAGGAUGAGGAGACGAUCACGGCUCUCUUUAAAACUCGCUUUCGUUUGGACUUUCCCUUUGACCUACAAGAGCUUCCAGCUUUUGUUGUGCUCGGGAUUGCCAGUGGUUUUGGAGGAGCUUUGUAUGUCUAUCUGAACAGACUGAUAGUGGAGUCUAUGAGAAAACAGAAAACCAUUAACAAGUUUUUGCUAAAAAAAAGACUAGUUUAUCCUGCAGUGGUCACCCUUCUCGUGUCCUCACUCACAUUUCCUCCAGGGUUUGGACAGUUCAUGGCAGGCCAGCUGACUCAACAUGAGUCACUAGUUGCACUCUUUGACAACCAGACCUGGUACAAGCAAGGUGUUGCUGAGGAGUUUGAGUACGCGAGUCAUGUACCCGAAGCCUGGAAGCACCCGCAAGUCAGUGUCUUCAUCACACUCUUGCUCUUCAUCGUCAUGAAGUUCUGGAUGUCAGCUGUGGCCACGACGAUGCCUGUGCCUUGCGGGGCCUUCAUGCCGGUUUUCCUCAUUGGUGCUGCAUUCGGUCGACUGGUUGGCGAGAGUAUGGCUGCCAUCUUUCCCGAAGGAAUACACGCUGACAACACUGUAUAUCCCAUAGUUCCCGGUGGUUACGCAGUUGUAGGGGCGGCGGCUCUCUCUGGUGCAGUCACUCACACCGUGUCCACGGCCGUCAUUGUGUUUGAGCUGACCGGUCAAAUCUCACACAUCCUGCCUGUGAUGAUCGCUGUGAUAUUGGCCAAUGCCGUGGCUCAGAGUCUGCAGCCUUCUCUGUAUGAUUCCAUCAUCAGGAUCCAGAAACUUCCCUAUCUGCCAGAGCUGGGCUGGGGACAGGAGAAAUAUAAUAUCCGGGUGGAGGACAUAAUGGUGAGAGACGUGCGAUAUAUCACUCUCUCCUCUUCUUACCGGGACCUGCAGGAAGCUCUCGUAACAGGCCAGCUUAAAACCCUUGCAUUGGUGGAGUCCAAAGAGUCAAUGAUCCUGCUGGGUUCUAUAGAGCGUUCUCAGCUGCAGUCCUUGCUCUCGCAGCAACUCAGCCGAGCCCGCAGGCUGGAGUACUUAAGAGAGCAUGCCCAGGACAACGGCACCCACGUGCCCAUAUUCUCCCAGGACUCUUCCCCCAAGACUGCCCAUGGCGUGCGCUUCCUGAUCUCCACCGAAGAGUCCUCCUACAGCCCCACUCUGACUAACUCUCAGAUCCCCCUGAAGUCUGCCCUGAAGACGGUGUCUGCAAUCAGCAACACAGACUCAAUGAAUAACUCUCCAAAUGUCUCCUCCGGGGAACCUGUAAAGGAGGUAGUUGAGAUUAAUGCUGGCCCCAUGGCUCCAAAGAGGAGCAGGAGGCCCAAGCGUGUGAAGAUAACCAUGGCGGACACUCCUGAUGUAGAAGAUGACAUGUCAACAGCAGAGAUAGCAGAGUGGGAGGAGCAACAGUUUGAUGAGGCUGUCAAUUUCAACAACUGUAAAAUAGACCCCGCCCCCUUUCAGCUGGUGGAGCGGACAUCUUUGCAUAAGACACACACUAUUUUCUCACUACUUGGCCUGGACCAUGCUUAUGUCACCAGCACUGGACGUCUAGUUGGAGUAGUCUCUUUAAAGGAGCUGCGUAAGGCAAUUGAGGGCUCUGUAACAGUAACUGGAGUGAAAGUUCGUCCCCCGCUGGCCAGCUUCCGUGACAGUGGCAACAGCAGCAGUGUUUCAGAGGUUACUGAACUUCACAAGCUCUGGAGUCGUCACAAGACCAUAUCGUUGCCACUGGAACCCAACCUCCCAGACUUGGAAGACCAAGUGGAGCAGCCGUCCGAGGGCAGCCUCGUGAAUGAGACCGAGUGCACAGAGCUGUCCAGUCAGUACAGCCCGUUACACACAGACGACCAAUCAGAAAUCUCCAACGCCGAUGCCACGCCCCAAGAGGAGCACCUAUCACAGCUGCCCUGUAACUGUAGUCACCCUCUUGAGGAUGGCUUGGAGGAAGUCAAUGAGCAUUGCCCGACCCAGAAUGAGGAACCCUUGAGUAAGGGUAGCCCCUUGCAUUUAAAGGGGAAACCAGAAUGACAGCUGGCUGUGAUUGGCAAUGCACACUCCAUUUACACCAUAAACAGGAUUGUGAAGUCAGGGUGAGGAGAACUUGGAGGCAAAUCUUGAAGCUGUGAAGCACACUGUCUGCUCUGUACUAAUCAAACCCCCAGUAGCUGGUCCUGCCCUCCAAACAUGCCAUGUGUGUGGGUAUUUUUAUUUGUAUGUGUGGGAUGUUCAUAGAUACAUGCUGCAGGGUGAGUGCUCUGUGACUAAAUGUGGUAGGAUACAUUUAACGUCAACGUAAUUUGCCGUUCACAACCUAAUUUACUUCGGUAAUGAGAACAAAUGUAGGACGGGGCUUGAAUUUAUCCACUGAGAAUUCAUUGGAUUGUGAAAAGUGGGUGUUACAUGCUACCAGAAUGGAGCCAGACCAAAAAUGAGUUAUAUAUGUGAAGAGCUAUUUAGCUAUUGGUUAACAUUGCCCAAUAGCCUGCACGCCCUAAGAGAUGUCAGCGGAAAAGGAAAUUAAUUUAAGUGAAAGAGCAAGUUAUUUAAUUUUGAUGAAAGAAUACAAAGUAAGGCUUUAAAGCGUUAAUUCAGUGCGCUUUAUUGCAUCAAAAUUCACGUGUUACUAUUUUUUAUGUAAGUAACCAUGUAGGCCAGGCCAGUGAUAGGCUUAUGUUCAGUGAUAUUAAAAUAAAAUUAAUAAUAUAUUGACUUCUAAAGCCACUUUUUGUAUUGUCUAAUCAAUGCGUUAGAUGUUUUGAUUAUUAUAUAUUGAAUUAUCUUUAUUUAGAGGCCUUUUUCAGCAAAAAAAAAUAUUUAUUUGAUUAAAUGUGAUUAAUUGUAUUAGUUAAUCGACAUUGCAUGUAAUUAAUCAGAUUACCAUUUUUAAUCGAUUGGCAGCCCUAAAAUGAAGACAAACGAAUUUUAUCUUUGGAAUAACGUCAACUGAUGAAUCAUUCACAAUAAGACCAGGAACUUGCAUUGAGCUGAAUGUGCAUUUAAUGAUUUUUAUGUUGAUUUUAAUGUAAAGUUUAAAGUUAUGUCAGACUAUGGUGGGCUCAUGAGUUUGUGGAUGUGUUUUUUUAUGUAUAUUCAUCUUAAAUUUGUGUGUUGGUUGAUGUGUGGUUUCAUAGCGCACUCCUGUAUGUGUUUUGUCUUUGUGCAAGUGAGAGAGUGUGCGAAGAAAGGCAGAGUGUGUGUGAGUGUGACUCAGCUGCACCUAGCCAACGCACCCAUCUGGUGCCGACACUUUAAAUCCAAAUAGAAUUGUCUCUGAGAGCAAAACUACAAUUUCGCUCUAAAAAUAGCCCUUAAUAACCCACACUGCAAGGAAACAUGGGGGUGGGGGAAGUAAGGGAAUGGGUGGGUUUAAAAGGAUACAGAGGACAUGGAGAACAAGAAAAUAAUGCAAAACCAGGGAAAGAUAGAAAGGGUACAGAAAAGAGUGAUGAGGAAGAUUAGAUACAAAAUGAAUGGUGAUUAAUAGUCUUACAGAGGAGCUUCCAACCAGGGCAGUUUUGAAGCACAUUGUAAUUACCAUUCAAAUAAAACACAGCAAUACACAAACCUUUUCCAUACUGAUAAGACCUGGGGGGGAAAGACUUGGUUUAGGUGGUGAUACCUGUAAUAAUGAUUAAUGAUAGCCCACAACAUGUUAAGCAUGCACAGAUAUGUGUCAAGAAGACCAGCAUAAUGCAUAGCUGCCUGGUCAUUUUAAAAUGUACAAAAGCAUCUCCCCUCAAAACACUAAAUAUCCUGAGACACUCCAAAUGGAGAAAUGGAGGCUCUUAAAUUCUUAAUUAUAUGCAUGCACCCCAAUGCAAUCAUUUGCAUGCACGUGUACAAACAAUACUCGUCAUGAAGACGUAUAUGUUACUUCAUCAGGUUUCAUUAUUUGGCCUCUGGAAAUUUUUACAUAAUUUAUGAGGCUAAAUGAUUUUGGAAAGAAAAAUCCAGAGCUUAGUACUUUUUGCAUGUGCUCAUUUGUUUUAAGGAAUAGUUUACCCAGAAUGAGAUUUCUGUCAUUACUUACUCACCCUCAUGUCGUUCCAGACCCAUAUAACGUAUUUUCUUUUGCCAGAUAUAAUAUUAAACAUUAAUGCAAAAAUAAAUAUUUUAAAAGAUGUUCCAUUUGCUGAUUUCCAGACAAUAGCAGUUGAUAGCAACUCACUUUAAACAGGGCCAGAUUAAGACUCCUGAGUGCCCGUGGGCAUGAAUUUAUGUAGUGCCGGACCCCUGGAUAAUAGUUUACACUUGAUUAAUGAUACUGAAAAACUUAAAUAACCCUUCAAUAAAAAACUGACCGUAGACAAUUUUACAUAUGCCAUCACGUGGUGCCACCAUGGAUGUGGCGCCCUUGGGCAAGUGCCCAAUUGCCCAUAGGGUUAAUCUGGCCCUGACUUUAAAUCUUAAAAAAAGCACCCAAAAGUGUCAUAAAAGUAGUCCACAUGACUUGUGCAUUAUAUUCCAAGUCUUGUGAAGACAUACUAUCACUUUGUAUGAUAAACAGACCGAAAUUUAAGUCAUUAUUCACUCUCAAAUCAAAUGAUUGAUCAACAUCUGUAAACAGACAACAAAUAAAAUAUAGUGACAUAUCAAUAACAACAAACCUCACUGGAUCUUGCACGUCUUGUGAUGAAAUGCUAUGACAUCAUGUCACUAUUAACUGCUAUUGUUUAAAAAUCAGUGAUCAUGACAUUGUUUCAAAAAUCUACUUUUGUGUUUCACAGAAGUGAGAUAGCCAUAUAGGUUUGGAUCGAAAUGAGCAUGAAUAAAUAAUUACAUAAUGUUUGUUUGGGGGGGUGAACUAUCCCUUUAAGACAACUAUCAUGCCAGUUCAAACACCAAAUCACAAGGAUUUUGGGAUGGUAUCUGCAGUUUAGAUUGAGUAAAUACAAAAUCCUUCUAACCGGGCAGUUUGUGGUCCACUGUGCAGUUCUCAUCCAGCAAUGUUCAAAUUUGAAUAUAUCAUCAAAUUGUUGAAAUGUAACUUAUUACAAUGAUGGAUAUUUUGUGUACGUGCAAUCUAGUUGCAUUUGAAUUAUUUUACAUAUGGAAAGCUUUUUUAAUUUGAUUUUGAUAGCUUUGUCAACUGUGCAAUAAUGCUUUUCUCAGAAUUAAUGCUUGCCAAAUAGGAUUAUUUUACUGAACACUGGCUCUAUUUCUACAGUGCAUAGUAUUGAAAUGAUUUGUUAAAUAUUUGCAAUAAUGCACAAAACGAAUGAGUUUAUACUGAAACAAACAGACAAGUGGGAGUAAGAGUCUGAGCCAUUAUAUUUUUAAAAUGCCUUUUAAAAGUUCACAACCUUUAAUGUGUUUACUGACCUCAGCAGUGGAGUAUUAACAGUAUUUUCUGUUUGCAUCAAUAAUGUGCUUGAACAAGGAUAAGCAGAAUGGUAAAUAACAGCACAACUACCCCAGUCACAGCAAAAGCAGAGCUAAAUGGAGAAGGUUACGUCUGUUUGUUUGUUUGUUUGUUUGUUUUUGUGCACUGCAGAAAUGAGGAGCUAAGGGUUUGAUUUAAACGGAUUAAGGCAAGUGGACUAAACCCAGAACCAUGACACUGAUUCCUGAUGCAGUCUUUUCUCAUUCUCACAGAAAUGAAAUUUUGUAAGUGCAAAAUGUUUUUCGCUUUUCAUUUCGGCUGCACUUAUCGGCCGUUUUAUUAACGUUUGUUAUAACGCAUAUAAUUCAUAUAAUUGCUGACAGGAAUAACUUUAGCUAAUGAUCUUUAGAUGUGUUGUGUCAUGUUUUGUCUCCGUUUGGCGCUUGUGCAGUUUAAAUCAAGCCCAUGGUGUGUAGAUUGUCUGCCGAUAUGCCGCACAUUUAAUGUAGAGUUAAGCAAUAAGUCUGCUUCCAUCCCCUAAAAUGUUUUUUAUAAAUAAUUUGCUUGUACAGAAUACAGGGUAAAACGGUAUGUAUGAACUCUAUUCACAUUCCCAUGUACAUAUAGAGAUAAACAUUUUGAAUCAGCUGUUACCUUUAUUUUCAGAAACAUUACAU